AUGACUCUCAAAACUAACGAUCCCUACUCCCCUUCAGCCCGUGAUCCCUACGACAGUGCUAUCGACAGCGUGGGACGCAAAUUACAACCAGUACCCUACCGCAAUGGCGCUGGUUCCGAUGUCCUCGGGCCUCGCAAUUACGCUCGAGAACGCCAGGCUCCGGAUAUGGUCAGGCCGCCGGCAACCGACAGUGGUACCAUGUCCAAUAUGAAAUGGAGCUUUGCCGAUUCCCAUACACGUAUUGAGGAUGGAGGCUGGGCAAGGCAGACAACGAUCAGAGAGCUGCCUACGAGUAAGGAGCUGGCUGGAGUGAACAUGAGGUUGGAAGAGGGUGCUAUUAGGGAGCUACACUGGCACAAAGAGGCAGAAUGGGCAUACGUACUCGAAGGCAAGGUACGAGUUACAGCACUGGACACUGAAGGAGGCAACUACAUUGGCGACGUCGAGAAGGGAGACCUGUGGUACUUUCCUGCCGGACAUCCACACUCGCUCCAAGGCAUUGGUCCCGGUGGCUGCGAGUUCCUCCUGAUCUUCGACGACGGCAACUUCAGCGAAGACUCUACCUUCCUACUGUCAGAUUGGGUUGCGCACACCCCUCAAUCAGUUCUUGCCAAAAACUUCCGUCUGCACCCCAGCAUCUUUGACCACGUCCCCUCAUCCGAGCGCUAUAUCUUCGAGGGAUCUGUUCCUGGGCCAAUUGACAAGGAGAAUCCUAUCGGUGUUAAGAAAUCUCGCCACCGCUUUACGCACAAAAUGCUAGCACAAGAACCGCUCAAGGCACCAGGAGGCCAAGUCCGCAUCACCGACACCAGCAAUUUCCCUAUCAGCAAGACCGUUGCCGCCGCACAUGUCACAGUGGAGCCACACGGCAUCCGCGAGAUGCACUGGCACCCAAACGCCGACGAGUGGUCUUUCUUCAUCCGUGGCCGAGCUCGAGUCACUGUCUUCGCCUCAUCCAACACUGCGCGUACUUUUGACUACAUGCCCGGAGACGUGGGCAUUGUACCUAAGAGCAUGGGCCACUAUGUGGAGAACAUUGGCGAUGAGGAGCUGGAGUUCCUAGAGAUCUUCAAGGCACCGAAGUUCGAGGAUUUCAGUCUGGAACAAUGGCUGGCGGCUACGCCUAAGAGGAAUGUGGCGGAGCAUUUGUUCCAGGGUCAUGAGAAGGCCGGAAGGAAGUUCGUGGAAGAGCUGGAGCUGAAGAAGAUGCCUGUGAAGCCGGCACCAAAGCGUGCAAGCAGUGUGCCGUAA